AUGGCACCACUCAUCAUCUCUUCGGCCAGGGGACAGUCCCGAGCACCCAAACCACGCCCUCCGCGCCUGCUGGUACCGGACGAUGUUGAGACGAUCACCUUCCUGUGCCCAUGCGCAAGGUCGCAGUGUCGGGACAUACUUGCCAAUCUCUGGAUCACAUACCACUCAAGUCCUCCUGCAAGCCUGCAGAAGCAAGCAACGAAGAAGGAGAUCUUCGUCUUGACUAGAAGAUUAUGCACGAAUGUGGUGCCUGAAGGAAUCGACAAUCACAAGGGCACAUCCUGGGAACCGUGUCAAGCGGAUGCAACUGGUCUAAUCACCCGCGACAUCGCCCAGAUCAGUAUUGGCGAGACAUUCCUCAUAGCUGCACAAGCCAUCUACCUCGCUCAUCACCGCCAGCUCAAAGCACCGUGCAGAUGCCGCCGCUGUCGUGGCCUGGACAGACGCCCACUUCUAAAGCUGCCCGCAGAACUUCGCAACAAAAUCUACCGCCUCGUCCUCGUGUUCGAAAAGCCAAUUAGUGUUCGCUCUUCCUGGCGGCAACCCCACCUGCUUCGAGUGAACAAGCAGAUCCGCGAAGAGGCAUCCUCCAUCUACUAUAUCGAAAACACAUUCAGCAUAACCCUGUCCGACUUCAAUUGCGUACCGUACCGAAGAUUCAUCCUGCGGACUGACAUUAACCGAUUCUACGAGAAGCUUCCAGCUGUACCACAAUACGAAAUGUGGACAACAGCCAUGAGUUGGGGCAAUUUGGAGUGGUGGCUCUUCCUGUAUUACCGAGGACAGAUGCCUGCCAUAGCAUCGACAGCUGGAUAUCAUCAUUUGAGGAUGAAGGUUGUCCCGCGUGCCUUCAAGAUAGUGAGUCAGCUCAGGGCGGAAGGGAUGAUACGGGGCCGUAUUCACCCGGUUUUGCUAGAGUUUAAGGAAGCCGUCGAGGAACAGGCUAAUGGUGCUUGGGUGUGGGUGUGA